AUGACAGUCACGAUCCCAGACUUCACAGUUGGCGUCCUCGCCCUGCAAGGCGCCUUCAGCGAACACGUACAGCUUUUGCGCCAGGCCGCAAAGGAAUUGAAGCAAAGGAAGGGCGCAAACACCAAGUGGGAGUUUAUCGAAGUGCGCACACCACACGAACUUGCGAGAUGUGAAGGCCUGAUCAUCCCCGGAGGUGAGAGCACGACCAUGAGUCUAGUGGCUGCGCGGAGUGGAAUACUGGAGCCGUUGAGGGGGUUUGUAAAAGUGCAGAGGAAACCAACGUGGGGCACAUGCGCUGGCCUGAUCCUGCUAGCAGAGAGCGCGAACCGAACCAAGAGAGGCGGGCAAGAACUCAUUGGAGGCUUGGACGUGCGCGUGAAUAGAAAUCACUUCGGACGCCAGCAAGAAAGCUUCCAGGCCCAUCUCAACCUCCCCUUCCUCGGGCACACCGCGGACAAGAGCGCCGACCAGCCGUACCGAUGCGUCUUCAUCCGCGCGCCUGUCGUCGAGAAGAUACUGCCGCACGCGAACGGGGUUCAAGCAACAGAGGAAGAAAGAGACGAGACGGUCGUUGCGCCUAGCAAGACGCCGGUCGACGAGCUGGCGAAAGAACAGUUGACCAAGGAGGUAGAGGUCAUGGCAACGCUGUCGAUGAAGGCGCCAGCGUUGCAGCAAAACCAGGAGCACGACCAUGCUGGGAAGGAAGACAUAAUUGCUGUAAGACAGGGCAAUGUGUUUGGCUGCAGCUUCCACCCGGAGCUGACAGAUGACCCGCGGAUACAUGUCUGGUGGCUGGAGGAAGUCUUGAAGGCGGCUGAGCGGAGGCAGACGUUCGAGCUUGCAGACCGUGCAAAAUAG